CAUGUAAACGACCAAUUAAGCCUUUUAUCGACAUGAAGGCGUGUUUUUUCAAAGGUAGUAGACGCCGAGGCGCUACAAAGUCUCCGGACAAAGAGGGGUGCACAGAAGAGGUCGUUUAGCCGGACGGAGUAGUGGGAAGCUCCGUCCCCCGCAGUGUUAGCUAGCUAGAAGAACAAGCCGACUUCCGGAAGAGACCUUCAAAAAUAAAACUCUGAUACGAUCUGGGUUUGUUUGGUCGAGCUUUAGAAGACGAUUCUCUUACUCGUGCACUUAAACCUGCGACCGGCCGCGUUGUGAGGCGCCUGUUCACAACCUGGGCCGGUGGCCGAACUCUUUCUCGCCUCGUUGAAGACUAACAGACGCCUGCGACGUUCCUCCCGCUGCGCUUCCGGUCCAGCGGCUGUUCGCUGCUGCUAGCUUGACGCACGCGAAGACGAGGUGAAGUUACAAAGCCUCGGACCCACACCGGACUUGGCAGCUGCGCCUCGGUAUGAAUGGGACCCACCGCCCUCGGCUCCCCUCGGUUCUGCCUCGGUUCUGCCUCGGUGUGCCGUUCGAGGCGCUCGCCUUCCGAACCGCGGUUUCCCCGAACCCGGAGCCCCUGUGGAGAACACGGUGCGGUUGGAUUAAUAACGGUUGACACAUUGAGGGCUCCACAGCGUCGCGACUCCAAAUGCGGAUUGCACCGGGUUCGGGACGUGGUUCUGUUUGCGGGGUUUCCUGUGUAACGAGCGGUUGCCGUGUUUGGGAGGAUGUUGAUCUGUCGCCCUGUAGUCCAGUCAUUCCGCUUCCUAAAUAGGGAAACGCCGCGCUGAGGGAGCUCCUUUUACAAACGCUGCCGGGGCUCCGGGAAACAUUGGCCACAGUCACUCUAUUUAUUGAAGAUUGUAAAGCAGAUUUGGGUUUCGGUAAAGACGUGGAUUUGCGCGUUCUGCUGCCAGGUCUGUCGUUAAGGAUGAACCCGCAGCGUCCAGCGCUGACUAGAGGACGCUCCAGGACGUGAAGGAGCGCUUCCGGACCUUCUCCUCCUGGGAUCCGGUCCUGGGAUCCGGUCCUGGGAUCAAUGACCGGACCCAACUCUCCGAGCCGAGCCGGUACCUCCCCGGCCAAGCUGAGCAGGUACGGCCGGUCCAAGAGCACGAGCGCGCACUGCCUCCUCCACUGCAGCCCCCAGGAGGAGUCCCCCUCUCCCCCCAACAGCUCCCACUGCCCCGCGGAGGAGGAGGAGAAGGAUGGAGGAGUCCUGUUCUACGUUAACCGCACGGGUUUUCCCAUUGAGAGCGUGACCUGGGAACGGAUGUGGUCCCACGUGGCUGCUGUGCAUCCCGAGGGCCAGGAGAUGGUGGACAGGCUGCGGAACGCCGCUUACCUUCCCAAGCAUCCAGUUCCCUCAGUCCCAAACUUCAAACCGUCCAUGUCGGUCCCUGACUGGCUGGUGGCCGUCCAGAACUACAUGAAGGCUCUGCAAUACAACCACACAGGAACCCAGUUCUUUGAAAUCAAGAAGAGCCGGCCUCUCUGUGGGUUAAUGGAGACGGCGAGAGAGAUGAUUAGGGAGUCUUUGCCAAUCAAAUGCCUUGAAGCUGUCAUCCUGGGGAUAUACUUGACCAACGGCCUCACGUCCCUGGAGCGUUUCCCCAUCAGCUUCAAGACCCAGUUCUCGGGGCACUGCUUCCACCACGUGGUUCUGGGCGUCUACUGCAACGGCCGCUACGGGUCCCUGGGAAUGAGCCGGCGCCAGGACCUGAUGGACAAAGCGCUGACACACCGCACGCUGGGAGAACUGGUGGCCGAGUUCGAGAGCUCCUACAAGAGAUACCAGCACACGCUGAAGAAGGUCAAAAUCGGCCUGUACGUGCCCCACGACCCCCACGUGUUCCAGCCAAUCGAGUGGAAGCAUCUGGUGCUGAACGCUGCCCGACUGGGAGCCCAGGAGAUGAGGAAGGAGCUGGAGAAACACGGGCGCGACAUGAGGAUGAAGAUUCUAAAGUCGUCCAGUGCCCAGUCGCCCAUCAAGGAGCGGAGCCGGGGGAAGUCCUUGUCGCCACGGCGACGCCCGGGGAGUCCAACGCGGCGCUUCGCUCAUCGCAGAGACAAAUCGCCGGCCUCCGUGGAGAGGAAGCCUCCAGAGCUCAGCACCCUCAGCGACGGCUACCAGAUCCGCAUCUGAUGAGGCUGCGCCACCACAACCACCACAACCACCACAACCAACACAACCACAACAACCAACACAACCACAA